CUCCUCGGCCCAGCUGCUCUCGCUGGUAUCACUGCUGUUGUUCUGAUCUUUCCUCUGAAUGGAUUCAUCGCUAAACUGAGAAGCAAACUGCAGGAGGUUCAGAUGAAGUUCACGGAUGGUCGAAUCAAACUGAUGAAUGAGAUCCUGAGUGGUGUGAAGAUCCUCAAAUUUUACGCCUGGGAAGAAGCUUUCCUGCAACGUGUUGGCGUGCUGAGAGAAGGAGAACUUCAGGCACUGAAGAAAUCUCAGGUCCUGUACUCCAUCUCUCUGGCUUCCUUCAACUCCUCCUCCUUCCUGAUCGCCCUCUCAGUGUUUGCCGUCUACGUGUCGAUAGAUGAGCGAAACGUUCUGGAUGCUCAGAAGAUCUUUGUUUCUGUCGCUCUCAUCAACAUCCUGAAGACUCCUCUGAGUCAGCUGCCCUUCGCCAUGAGCACCACCAUGCAGGCUGUCGUUUCCCUCAGACGUUUGGGAAACUUCCUGUGUCAAGACGAACUGAAACCGGACAACGUGGAGAGACUUCCUCAUAGCACAGACGGAGAUGGCGUGACGAUCGACAGCGGCUUCUUCUCCUGGACCAACGACGGGCCGCCGUCUCUGCACAGAAUCAACGUGAAGGUUAAGACGGGCUCUCUGGUGGCCGUGGUCGGCCAUGUUGGCUCCGGGAAGUCCUCUCUGCUGUCGGCCAUGUUGGGAGAGAUGGAGAGGAGGAGCGGCUUCGUCUCCAUAAAGGGUUCGGUGGCUUACGUCCCCCAGCAGGCCUGGAUCCAGAACGCCUCCCUGAAGGACAACAUCCUGUUUGGUGGAGAGAGGAAGGAGGGCUGGUACCACCGAGUUCUGGAGGCCUGCGCUCUGCUGCCGGACCUGGACAUCCUGCCCGCCGGAGACAGCACCGAGAUCGGGGAGAAGGGUCUGAACCUGUCCGGGGGUCAGAAGCAGAGGGUGAGUCUGGCUCGGGCCGUGUACAGGAAGUCGGAUGUUUACCUCCUGGACGACCCGCUUUCCGCCGUCGAUGCUCACGUGGGACAACACAUCUUCGACCGGGUCAUCGGACCGAGAGGACUCCUGAGAGGAACGACCCGGGUGCUGGUGACUCAUGGACUCAGCCUCCUGUCUAAAGCGGACCUGGUCCUGGUGAUGGAGGACGGACACAUCUCAGAGAUGGGCUCCUACUCACAGCUGAUGGAGAGGAAGGGAGCCUUCGCCAAGUUCAUCCACACCUUCAACAGGAACCAGCCCAGAGAAGAGAACCCCGGGCCCAGAGACAAGAGCAGCAGGAAGUCGGUGUCCCGUCUCAGUAUGACAGAUUUCUCCAUCGACCUUUCUCAGGAGCAGCUCAUCAGCUGUGAUAUGAGCAGUGCCAGUGUUCAGGUGAUGGAGGCUGUCCAUCAGGACUUGGAUGCUGAGGAUGCUGGGAAACUGACAGAGGCUGACCAGGCUCACACAGGGAGGGUGAAGCUGCAGAUGUACAGAGAGUACCUGCGGACGGUGGGCCUCACCUUCAUCACCACCAUCGUCUUCCUCUGCUCCUUCCAGCAGGCCGCCUCGCUGGCCUACAGCUAUUGGCUGAGCCUGUGGGCCGACGACCCCCCCGUCAACGGCACGCAGGCCGACCACCGCCUCAAACUGGGCGUGUUCGCCGCUCUGGGCUGCACUCAGGGGAUGGCCAUGUUCGGGACAACGCUCGCCAUCGCUCUGGGCGGUAUCGUAGCAUCUCGCCACCUCCACGCCAGUCUUCUACACAGCGUCCUCCACUCGCCCAUGUCCUUCUUCGAGGUGACGCCCAGCGGCAACCUCCUGAACCGCUUCUCCAAAGAGAUGGACUCCAUCGACUGCAUGGUUCCUGACGGGCUGAAGAUGAUGCUGGGCUACCUGUUCAAGCUGCUGGAGGUCUGCAUCAUCCUGCUGCUGGCCACGCCCCUCACCGGCCUGGUGCUCCUCCCCCUCACCUGCGUCUACGUCUUCAUACAGAGUUUCUACGUGGCGUCGUCGUGUCAGCUGCGGCGCCUGGAGGCGGUGAGUCGCUCGCCGAUCUACAGCCACUUCAACGAGACGGUGCAGGGCGCCGGCGUCAUCAGAGCCUUCGGGGAGCAGCGCCGCUUCAUCCUGCAGGCCAACAGACGCAUCGACUGCAACCAGGAGGCUUAUUUCCCUCGCUUCGUCGCCACCAGGUGGCUGGCAGUAAAUCUGGAGUUCCUGGGGAACCUUCUGGUUCUGGCUGCAGCCGUCCUGUCGGUUCGGGGUCGGGACCAGCUGAGUCCGGGCAUCGUGGGACUCGCCGUUUCUCACUCUCUCCAGGUGACGGGGGUCCUGAGCUGGAUCGUUCGGUCCUGGACCGACGUGGAGAACAACAUUGUGUCGGUGGAACGCGUCAAAGAGUACGAGGACACGGAGAAAGAGGCGGCGUGGUCCGUCCCCGGCGUGCUGCCCACCGCCUGGCCCGCCACGGGAAACAUCCGUUUCCAGGACUACGGACUCCGGUACCGUAAAGGUCUGGACUGGGCUCUAAACGGCAUCACCAUCGACAUCCAGGACCGAGAAAAGGUCGGGAUCGUAGGACGGACCGGAGCCGGGAAGUCUUCUCUGGCUCUGGGAAUCUUCAGGAUUCUGGAAGCAGCAAAGGGACAAAUCUUCAUUGACGGGACAGACGUUUCUCAGAUCGGACUACACGACCUGCGCUCCCGGGUCACCAUCAUCCCUCAGGACCCGGUGCUGUUCUCGGGCUCCCUGAGGAUGAACCUGGACCCGUUUGACUCGUGCUCUGAGGAGGACCUGUGGAGAGUUCUGGACCUGGCUCACCUCACCAGCUUCGUCUCAUCGCUGCCACAGAAACUCGACCACGAGUGCAGCGAGGGGGGUGAGAACCUCAGUCUGGGUCAGAGGCAGCUGCUGUGUUUGGCUCGAGCUCUCCUGAGGAAGACCAGGAUCCUGGUUCUGGAUGAAGCUACAGCAGCUGUGGACCUGAAGACGGAUCAGCUGAUCCAGUCCACCAUCAGGACUCAGUUCAACGACUGUACGGUUCUGACCAUCGCUCACCGCCUGAACACCAUCCUGGACUACAGCCGGGUGAUGGUGAUGGAGCGCGGCUCCAUCGUGGAGGUGGACUCUCCGUCGGCGCUGCUGCAGCAGAAAGGACUCUUCUACCAGAUGUGUCUCCAGGCCGGCCUGCUCUGAGCCCACACGUUAUGAAGGAAAACAUGAACAUUUGUGUCAAAUCUUUGGAUUAGACUCAGGCAGCUGGAUUCACAAUCUUUUAGAAUUUUACACUGCAGAAAAGGUGUUUAAAAAACAGAUAAAACAAUAAAUCUAAAGGUCUAAAACCAGAUCAAACAGUAAAUCUAAAGGUCUAAAACCAGAUCAAACAGUAAAUCUAAAGGUCUAAAACCAGAUCAAACAGUAAAUCUAAAGGUCUAAAACCAGAUCAAACAGUAAAUCUAAAGGUCUAAAACCAGAUCAAACAGUAAAUCUAAAGGUCUAAAACCAGAUCAAACAGUAAAUCUAAAGGUCUAAAACCAGAUCAAACAUUAAAUCUAAAGGUCUAAAACCAGAUCAAACAGUAAAUCUAAAGGUCUAAAACCAGAUCAAACAGUAAAUCUAAAGGUCUAAAACCAGAUCAAACAGUAAAUCUAAAGGUCUAAAACCAGAUCAAACAGUAAAUCUAAAGGUCUAAAACCAGAUCAAACAGUAAAUCUGAGGGAAAUUAUCUUGCUGCAUGGACAGAUAAUUUACCUUGACAAGAUUUAUUAAAUUAAGAUUAUUAAAUCUAGAAAUAAGCAUGUUGAACACUUAAAAUAAUAAAUUAACUCUUAAAACCAGAUAAAUUAUCUUACACUUCUAAAUCUAAAGUUUUAUCUUGGUAAGAAACAAAUAAUUUGCAGUGUAAUCUGUGUGUAUGAAACACUCAAUAACUUCAAUUUUAUAUUUAUAAUAUAAAUAAUAUCAAAUAUAAUUAAUGGUUUUCUUAAAUAUAAAACUAAUUUGUUCAGGGUUCAUUCUGCUUUUUAACAAUCUACGUUGUCAUAUUAAUUAUCAUACCAUACUCUAGGUAUAUUAACGAUCAGUUUUUAAUAAAAGCUUCUGUAUUUUUCCUCCAGUUUCUGCAACUUCUCUUUUCUGUCUAAAAAAAAAUCAGGAUGUCAUAAAGAUAUUUAGAACAACUGCCAUUAAAAAGAUUCAGGAGCAGCCAAACAACAGAAUUAGAUUUUAAUAUUUGAAUUUAACCGUUUUUAGUCCUCCUGUCGACUGUAGACCCCUGGUCCUCAGGGGCCAAAAGGGCCCCAUAACAUCACACUGGUUUCAGGACAGGUAGAAAAUAAUUAACAACUUUUUUAUUCACCUUUUAAGGCAACUCAUGACCAACACAUUGAUAUAUAAUUUUCAUAUUUUUUUCAUUACUAUUGGUCAAUUUUAGUCAAAUAUACAAAAUUAGGCCUCAUUUCAAGAGAAAAAUAAUAAUAAAACCUCGUUAUAUAUAUAAAUCGUUAUAGUGAAAUAAUAAUUUGAUGGGAAUGAACAGAGUAGAUGAUGUCAACUUUUAGCAAAACUUUGUUUAUUUUUAGAUGACAGGAAAUAAAAGUUUAAAAAAAUCAUACCUGUGGUCAAAAAGGACCCCAUGACAUCAGACUGGUCUUAGAACAUGUAGAAAAUAAUUAUUAACAACUUUUUUAUUCACCUUUUUAAAAAAAAUAAAUCAUUCUCCUUGUACGGUUGUCUGUGAA